CACUGACAACUUCAAAGCAAAAUGAAGUUCUUUCUGUUGCUUUCAGUCAUUGGGUUCUGCUGGGCUCAGUAUAACCCAAAUACCAAGCCUGGACGGACAUCUAUUGUCCAUCUGUUUGAGUGGCGCUGGGCUGACAUUGCUCUUGAAUGUGAGCGAUAUUUAGCUCCCAAAGGAUUUGGAGGGGUUCAGAUCUCUCCACCCAAUGAAAAUGUUGUGAUUAAUAGCCCUUUAAGACCUUGGUGGGAAAGAUACCAACCAGUUAGCUACAAGUUAUGCACAAGAUCAGGAAAUGAAAAUGAAUUCAAAGACAUGGUGACUAGAUGUAACAACGUUGGUGUCCAUAUUUAUGUGGAUGCUGUAAUUAAUCAUAUGAGUGGGAAUGGUGUGGGUGCAGGAACAAGCAGUACUUGUGGAAGUUACUUCAACCCUGGAAAUAGAGAUUUUCCAGCAGUCCCAUUCUCUCAUUGGGAUUUUAAUGAUGGUAAAUGUAGAACUGGAAGUGGAGACAUUGAGAACUAUAAUGAUCCUUAUCAGGUCAGAGAUUGUCGUCUGGUCGGUCUUCUUGAUCUUGCACUGGAGAAAGAUUAUGUGCGUUCUAAGAUUGCUGAAUAUCUGAACCGCCUCAUUGACAUUGGUGUAGCAGGGUUCAGAAUUGAUGCUUCUAAGCACAUGUGGCCUGGAGACAUGAAGGCAAUUUUGGAUAAACUGCAUAAUCUGAAUACAAACUGGUUCCCCGAAGGAAGUAAACCCUUCAUUUACCAGGAGGUAAUUGAUCUGGGUGGUGAGCCAAUUAAAAGCAAUGAGUACUUUGGAAAUGGCUGUGUGACAGAAUUCAAGUAUGGUGCAAAAUUAGGCACAGUUCUGCGCAAGUGGGAUGGAGAGAAGAUGGCUUACUUAAAGAACUGGGGAGAAGGAUGGGGUUUCAUGCGUUCUGACAGAGCACUUGUCUUUGUGGACAAUCAUGACAAUCAGCGAGGACAUGGAGCUGGAGGAGCAUCUAUUCUAACAUUCUGGGACUCCAGACUGUACAAAAUGGCAGUUGGAUUUAUGCUUGCUCAUCCGUAUGGAUUUACACGAGUAAUGUCAAGCUUCCGUUGGCCAAGACAUUUUGAAAAUGGAAAAGAUGUUAAUGAUUGGAUUGGGCCACCAAAUAAUAAUGGAGUAAUUAAAGAAGUUACUAUUAAUCCAGACACCACUUGUGGCAAUGAUUGGGUCUGUGAACAUCGGUGGCGUCAAAUAAGGAACAUGGUUAUGUUCCGUAAUGUAGUUGAUGGCCAACCUUUUAGAAACUGGUGGGAUAAUGGUAGCAAUCAAGUAGCUUUUGGAAGAGGAAACAGAGGAUUUAUUGUUUUUAACAAUGAUGACUGGCCAUUAUCUUUAACUUUGCAAACUGGUCUUCCUGCUGGCACAUAUUGUGAUGUUAUUUCUGGAGAUAAAAUUGAUGGCAAUUGUACAGGAAUUAAAAUUUAUGUUUCUGGGGAUGGCAAUGCUCAUUUUUCUGUUAGUAACUCUGCUGAAGAUCCAUUUAUUGCAAUUCAUGCUGAAUCUAAAUUAUAA